CGUAGUUCUCUGAGAUUUUGCCUUCCGGACGGAAUAGAUUUCGUUCAUUCAUUGGCCCCUACCCCAACCAUCAUAACCUCGUCGCGACCCGCAAAUCUCCAUCAUUACCCCGAGCAUAGCCGAGCUAUUGCGAAUUGCACCGGAACCUUGAUUGCGCGCCUUGAGCACAACGCGACGCGACCCUCCGGACCAUGCGAUACGGCUGAGAGUUUGAACUGCCCCGCCUCCAACAGAGCCUAAUACGAAAGCCUCGGAGUCCAUGCAGCCCCCAACGCGCCGCUCAUGACGACUCUGGUGACGACUCGCCGGCCGCUACGGAUUAUUAAUACAAGCAGCCAGGCGGAGAAGUCGAAGAGGGUGAAGACGCAAAGGCGCGAGGAGCCGGCACCAGAACCUCUAACAACAUCGGGGCGGGGAAGGGCCGCAAAGGAACACGUUGCCCAGGAUCUAGCACCUGUAGACCAGGGCACGAAGGAGACAACGGCGACGAUAGCAACUACGGAACCUGUAAUAACCAAGGCCACGAGGAAAUCUUCAAGGCAGAAACCGAGCGUCGAUGCGUCGAAUGAGAAACCGCCACUCAAGAUCCCCAAGAGAGGAACACAAAGGAGCGCACGAAUAUCGGGGGAAAAGCCGGGGGAAGAGACAACGCUGCAGACAAAUAGCACGUCAAUAAAGCGCGGGCGUAAUGCAGGAGAAGCGCCGAAACGCCCCGUGCCAAAUUGGGAUGAAUCACCGCCGCCGCGUGCAGCGCCAUCCAAGAUUGCGCUCCCGAUGAGCGACACGCCGGUGAUCAACCGGAACAAGGAGAUGCGCAUGAAGAAUGGUGGGAGUCGACGAAGCAGUUUGAGAAUAAGGGGGAGACGGGCGAGUUCUCUCAUCGACGGCGGACAAUCGGCAAUCCCACAUCGCGAGGUCAAUCCGGCCGAUUUCUUCAAGCACAUCGAAGCUUCGUUGUUGGAGCCGCGAAGAAUAAAGCAGCUUCUGACCUGGUGUGGCGAGCGCUCUCUCUCAGAAAAGCCCCCUCAUGGGACGCCUAAUGCUCAUGCGAUUCUCGGCGCUCGUACCAUUCAAGAUCAGCUACUCAAAGAUUUUGCAGCUCGACCAGAGUUCUCGGAUUGGUUUAGCAGAGAUGACAGUAUACCCAAGACACCU